GCACUUCCCUGACAAGUGCGUACGUAUUUGUGAAAAGUUGGAUCUUCUGUGUACCGAGAGAGAGGAAAUUCUGCAGAACGUGAAUGCAACAAACAAUUCCCCUCCAAAAUUCUCCUCCUUCAACUUCAAUUCCACUCUCACUCGCUGAUCCAUUCCAAUCAGAUUCCAUUUCCAAUUCUCUCUCUCUGCAAUCCUCAGUGGUAGUCAUUACUGUGUGAGGUGAAGCAAUGGAUGCUGCUAAAGCUGCUUUGCAACUUCCGGGUUUGGUUCAACCCGAGAAGAUUGGGAGAAUACCCACUUGCAGUUUCAAUCUAUCUCGUGACCAACCACUGAAACUUCGGGGUUCAAUCUAUUCGGCCAAGUUGCAUUCAUCAAAGAUUCACCGCCGCAGGAUAGCAUCUAUGGAGGUUGCUUGUUCUUAUGAUAAUCUUCCAGCUUCGACAUUGGAAUCUGGAAGCCGCCGUGCUCCUCUCGAUGAUGAGUUGAUUCUGAAGAAUAGGUCACAAGAGAUCCAGCCAUAUUUAAAUGGACGCUGCAUAUACCUUGUUGGAAUGAUGGGCUCCGGGAAGACAACUGUGGGGAAGAUCAUGUCAAAAGUGCUAGGUUAUGAAUUUUGUGAUAGUGAUGCAUUGGUGGAGGAAGAGGUUGGUGGGAACUCUGUGGCUGAUAUAUUCAACCUCUAUGGUGAAUCUUUCUUUCGUGAUAAAGAGACAGAGGCAUUGCAUAAGUUGUCCAUGAUGCAUAGACAUAUUGUUUCUACUGGUGGAGGUGCUGUUAUGAGGCCCAUCAAUUGGAAAUAUAUGCACAAGGGGAUUAGUGUUUGGUUGGAUGUACCAGUGGAAGCGUUGGCACAAAGAAUUGCAGCAGUAGGAACUAAUUCUCGCCCCCUUCUACAUUAUGAGGCAGGGGAUGCAUACACAAGGGCUUUGAUGCGUUUGUCUGCUCUCUUUGAAGAGAGAGGUGAAGCCUAUGCCAACGCCAGUGCCAGGGUCUCAUUAGAAAAGAUAGCUACAAAACGGGGCCAAAGAGAUGUGUUAGAUUUGUCUCCAACUGCAAUUGCAAUUGAGGCACUAGAGCAAAUUGACGCUUUUUUGAAGGGUGAAGAUGGACGUUAUGCAGGAUGCUAGUACAAUAUUUGGACGCAAGCAUGUUUUGAUUGUUUAUAUUUUUCUCUUCAUUUUGUAAUUUGCUCAUGCUGUUGUGCAGUGUCUUUUGUGUGGAUAAAUAAAAAUAAGAAUAAAGCAACAUGGCACAUGUUGUUUAUGUAUAAUUUGUGUUGGCAAAUUAAGCAUAAUUUGAUAGCCAAUAGCAACCGUAUUUGAGCUAUACAUUUCUGUUUCAUUGUUGAUGUAUAUACUUUGCUAUACAAGGUGUUUGUUGUAAAUCAAGUUCGUUGAUCAA